AUGACGACGCGGCCAGGGAGGAAAGGAUCGAAGAUAUCUCGAACGCAUUUCGAGAGCGCUGCGAAGGCUCACGCGGAAAAGAGAGAUGCGACGGUUUGUCGAUACGUCGGGAGAGGCGACGAUGGGAACGAGGAAGGCGCGUUUUUGGCGUUUCGAAAUGUUGGGACGGUGGCGUACGAACAACGAGAAGAGGAGGAGGAAGAGGACGACAACGAAGUCGACGAAGGAUAUUUUGAAGAAGAUGUCGUCUUUAUUGUUCGCCACCGUAAGAAUGACACGAGUAAAGCUUCCUCGAGAGCUCGAGUAGAAGUCGACGUCAUCUAUUCCCCAUCCUACGAGGUCCCGGUGUUGUGUCUCCGCGCGUUUGAUUCGCGGAGCGGCUCGGCGCUGAGUUUAGACCAAACUAAUCGCGCGUUGGUGACGAAGCUUCACAACAAAGAUAACGACAACGACGACGACAUCUUCGCGCAACUUCUCGCCCCUUGGGAUCGACAACAAAAACUUCCAAAGUGUUCCGUUGGCGGUGGAUGGGUGUGCGUGCACCCGUGCGAAACGUCCAAAUCGUUAGAUAUGCUGAAUGAAACGUCGCAAACAGAUGAAGAAUUCGAGUUCCCGUUCGAAAGAUGGCUUCGGUACGCCGCGUCGCGAUUGAAAAUAGAGUUAUUUUAA